CGAGCGGAAGAAGAGUCAGUUGGUCUCGAGACAUCGACUGAGGAGGAGAAUUCAAACGAUUUUUUUGUUGAAAUUCGGAAAAAUCGUUCGAAAACUAUAAAUAAACCGUAGAAUCAGAUCAGAAUAUUGAGACACUAGAAACGAGGGCGAAAAGCGUUGGAAUUUCGUCCAAAAUCGUCAUUCUCGUUCGGAUUCCAUCAACGGUACGGUCGACCUUCGAAUUUUCCGCUCGAAUUGUCCACGUCGAAUAAUCGACCAUGAGCUGGUACGUCGUCCUUCUUCUCUCAGGACUCCUCUGCGUCGCAGGAGUUCAUUCCUACUACACGCCGUGCUCGGGUUCUUGCACCAAGGAGGCGUCCUCCGAAGUCCUGGCGGGAAUGAAGCUGAUAUUUUACAACGGGCGAACGGAGAACGAAAACGUUAAAAUUCCGAUCGGGGAGGCCGGAAGACUUCUGAGUCUCAUCGAUUCUAAGAAACCAACGGUGAUUUACGUCCACGGCAGCUACGACAACCAAAGUCCGAGGCACGCGACAACCGUAGCCGUUGCCAGAGCGUACGUCGAGGCCCAGACGAGCAACUUCGUCGUGCUCGACUGGAGCAAUAUUUCCGGCAAAUCGGGUUCUUAUUUAGUGGCGAGUGUACCGGCGGUGGGAUCGGCCUUGGCGAAGGUCGUGGCGACGCUGGCGGAUGGUGGUUUGACGUCGUCGACCUUGACUCUGGUUGGACAAGGAAUGGGCGCUCACGUAGUGAGUUACGCUGGACUGUACUCGCCGAAAAAAUUGACCAAAAUCAUCGGUCUCGACCCAACGACCAACGCACCCGAACGCACUCUGAGCAGCAAAGACGCCGAGUACGUCUUCGUCAUCCACACGGCCGUUGGAGGUUUGGGAUUUCGACACAACCGCGGCGUCCCCCUGCAGAUCGGAACCGCUGAUUUUUACGCCAACAACGGAAGACCCGUGCAACCGGGAUGCCGGGCGACCAUGACAGGCGACUACUGCAGCCAUUUCCGAGCGGCUUAUUUGUUCGCGGAGUCCGUUCGCAACCCAACGGCCCUCGGUGCCGUCCGUUGCGGUGACGCCGAAUCUUUCAAUAAAAAAUUGUGCGCGGGAAACAGCGUGGAAUACUUGGGAGCCGGGACUUCGAAAUCCGCAUCGGGAAGAUAUUACCUGUCGACGAGCGACAGACCACCCUACGCCCUCUAGGAAGGUACGCGGGACGAUCUUCUCAUCUUUGGAAACGUCUCUCGAUAUUUCUUUGAUUUUGCUAACGAUUCGGUCACGUGUUAUCCGCACCCCAUAAACUUGUUUCGAUUA